AUGUCUACUCGCUACACCUCAAAGGACGUCAGUCCUGAGCCUCUGGCCCAAGAACUUCCCUUCCAGCCUUCCGGCCGAGUCGCAAAGAACCGUUUCCUCAAGUCGCCCAUGGCCGAGGCGCUGGCAACAUGGGACCCUAAGGAUAUCUCCAAGAGAGGUAUUCCCACAGACGGGCACAUUGAGCUGUACAGGCGAUGGGGAGAAGGCAAGAACAAUUUUGGCGUCGUCGUCACUGGCAACAUAGACAUCGACCCCGAGUCCGUUGGCGGCCCUGCUAGUACCAUUAUUCCAGCUGAUGCUCCUUUCGAGGGCGAGCGCUUUGAGAAGUAUAAGCAAUUGGCAGCAGCAGCUAAGAAAGAUGGCUCUUUAAUCGUUGCUCAAGUCAAUCAUCCCGGCCGACAGGUUCCCUACAAGAUCAACCCUGUCGCCAUCUCAGCUUCUGAUGUUCAACUUGAACCCAGUAUGGGAAUGACCUUUGGCAAACCGCACGCCGCGACGAAGGAUGAAAUCGCCCAGAUCAUUGAAGGGUUCGCGCACGCUGCCGAGUACCUCGAGAAGGCUGGGUUUGACGGCAUUGAACUGCACGCAGCACACGGCUACCUCAUCUCUCAAUUCCUAUCCCGAACAACAAACAAGCGCACCGAUGAAUACGGCCCGCAAACCAUCGAGAACAGACUACGUCUCAUCUCCGAGAUCUCAGCUGCCAUCAAGGCCCGCGUGGCGCCCAGCUUCAUCGUCAGCGCAAAGCUCAACAGCGUUGAGUUCCAGGACGGCGGUGUCACACCCGACGAAGCGCGAGAGUUGUGCGAGAGACUCGAGAAGCUCGGGUUUGACUUUGUCGAGCUCAGCGGCGGUACUUACGAGCGCAUGUCAUUGUCGUGGGAGAAGGAGUCGACGCGAAAGAGGGAGGGUUUCUUCCUCGAGUGGGCCGAGACCAUCACCAAAGCUCUUGACCCAGCACACAAGAUGAAGAUUUACAUCGCCGGUGGGUUCCGAACGGUGGGUGCUAUGGUCGACGCCCUGGAGAUUGUCCACGGCGUGAGCAUCGGGCGGCCUUCAGCAGCGGAACCGCGUCUCGCAAGCGACAUCCUCGAAGGUCGCGUCAAGGGUGCUAUCCAACCCACGGAGCUGAGCGAGAAUGAUCUCGGCAUGAGUAUAACUGUUGCAGGUGCUCAGAUUGCGCAGAUCUCAAGGGGCUUUGAGCCGCUUGAUGCGAGCAACGCUGAAGCCAUGGCGACAUUCGGAAAUGAUAUGGGAGCGUGGUAUGAGAAGGUUGUGCAGGAUGGAGAUAAGAAUGAGUUUGUUGGACCGGUUCAGUAUUCGGGAGUUCAGACUCCGUACGGUACUGUCAAGGCAUGA